AUUCAUUAUUAGUUGAAGACAGUGGCUACCUACAAAUUCUUAAGGCAGGCUGUGGUGUGAUGGCUGACAGAGGAUUCAAAGAUAUUGCCAAAUUAUUACAUGAACGCAAUUGCCACUUAAUUAGACCUCCUAGUGUCUCCAGUGCAGAGAAGCCUACAAAAUUAGAAGUACUUGAAACUAAGCGUAUAGCUGGUUUACGAAUACAUAUAGAACGAGUUAUUCGUCGAGUUCGAGAGUUUCAAUAUUUAAAACCUUACUCGGUAGUAGAUCACAAUUUAGUGCCUCAUAUAGAUAGUGUUAUUGUUAUUACUUGUGCUCUAAUUAAUUUACAAACCUCGAUUAUAAAAUGAUAUUUAAAGAAUGAAUAAGUUCAACAGGCUUUAAUAUCACAUUACAUCGAUUCUUUGCAAAUAACUAUAAAAUUAAAUCGAGAUUUAAAUAUAGAAAGAUUUUAAGAGUAGAAAGAAUAAUUUUCUUGUUUUGCGAAUGUACAACACAAUCACUGUUAAUCACAAAACGCCUGAUAAGCUUUUAAGAAUAAUUGUAAUAAUAAUUCUCAAAUCAAAACUUAAUACAAGGCAGGUAUAUACCUGUCGUAUGACUUGACAUAGACCAUCCGCCAUUUAUAUGAGAUGAUGUUUUACAAAUCGUUUUGAAAUUUGAAUUUUAUAUAGGUAUUUAUUAUUAAAUAUUUAGAAAAUUCUUAUGAAAUAGGUAAUGUAAACUCUUUUAGGUGUUUAUGUACAUGUUAUACUAUGUAUUAAAAUA